CCCCCUCCCCGCUCUCUUCCGACAGUGCCCCAGCAGCAGCAUCAUCGCACACACCCAGUGCGCAGAGGCGACGUCCUAAGAACCUAUUUCAUUCUGGUGCCUUUUCACGCAGCAGCAAGGAUGUUGUAUCUCUAUCUUCUAACCCUGAGCCUAUCGUCUAUCCAUGGCAUCCUCCUUCCUGAAUCUGCCAGGCCCGUGGAUUUGGACACCAACCAGAUCCUUGAGGAUAAUUUGGCACAAGGACACACGACAUUAAACGAGAUGUUUGAGGAGGUAGAGCAACUGAUGGAGGACACGCAUACUAAACUGGAGGACGCGGUGCACCAGGUUGGUUAAUGGUUAGGUCUACUCAGACUUAUAUUUGCAGAGCUUUGAUAAAAAUAAAUUAGCCUAUUAUAUCCCAUAGCAGCCCUUUCAUUUAUAUGAUUUCCAAUGUUAUGUAAAAUGCAACAGAUAACAGUGCAGUACACUCUUAUUAUAUCACUUUAGUUGAUCUAUAACUUUACUGUUAAAGCAACCACAAAUUUAACUUGACCUUUAUUUUACUAAUAAAAACAGUUGCCAGUGUGGGUUGCGAUGAGUCGAAGUCAAUCUUAACAUGCACAAGUUGUAAAGGAAAAAAACAGUGGUGACCUCAAUGCAACACUGAUCUUUUGCAUCAAACCUCAUUAGAUGGACAAUGAGAGUGCAAAGUCCAGCUUGCAUCCCCAUGACCUUCCCUCAAAUUACCACAACGAAAGCACUUCUGAGAGUGUGGUUGAAAACCAAUCCAUCCACACCAUAGAGACCGUACACAAGGUACAGUAGUAGUCAUACUCAAAUGUAUUAUUGUACUGUAUUCGAUUCAAAACUAGGAUGCUGAAAUGCUAUUAACAAUUGAAAUACUGUAUGGCAGUAUUAUUUUGGCAUCCCACAUUUGUGAUGAAGACUGAAAGAAACAUUGCAGAAAUCCUACAAAAUGUGUUUCUCUUUCUUCAGGAGACAGACAACAGAACAGGAGAGACCCACAUCACCAGAACAAUUAUCCAGUCCAGUGGCAAGGGAAAUAAUAUUAAUCAUGUGAGUGAACAUCAUGAUUUACAACAGAUAAAAAUAACAUAUAUUAUCCACAAUAACUGGAACACUAUAACUCUAACUGGUGUUUUGUGUUUAUUAAAGACAGUGGGCAUAAGAUGAAUACAAUUCCAUCCUUAAUGCAAAUCACAAUUCAUGAAAGAUUGAACAAGUCGUCGGCUGUUUCCUCUUUCUGUGCUGCUCUGCUCUGCAUGCGGCCACAGCUGCUGUCAUGUUUGGGCGUCUCAUUUCUCUUUCCCCAUGCCCUGUACGCCUCUCCAGUCUCAACUGUGCUGUCUCAUGCUCUAUAAGCCAGGCUAAAGCUACGUCUUACCCAGGCAGAGUGACAUGUGCAGGAUGGUGGCUGGUUGAGAAGCUCUCUUCAGCGCUGCAUCCUGUCUGUACAUUAAUUAUAUAUGGCAGCCAUGUCUCAGCCCUGAUGAGGCUGCUGAUCAGGCAAGAUAAUAGCAAAAGAAUCAAACCGAUCAAUCAGGCCGGAUGUGUGCGUGAGUGCAUGUCUUUGACCAGUAUAGGUCUUUGGAGACAGAUACGAGAUUACUGCUAUAGCAGGCCUCUGACCAGGAACCAGUGCAAGAAGUGCUCAAUCCAUUUUAUCAGCCAAAGUCUGAGGGGUUUUUAGUUAUUUGUUUGGGUGGUUUUAGUUACAAUAUCUUGCUGGAUAGUUCUGAACAAGAACUUUGAAAUGUCUGUAUCAUUUUAUUCUGUGCUUUUGGUAAACAUUGUGUUUAGUCAUUGUCAUAAGAUCUUGUACAUUUAACAUGCAUUUUCUUUAUUGCAGUCACAGGUUUUAAUAUUUAGUAAAAAUAAUACACAGUCUCGGAUCGUGCUAUUCCUGCCAGUCUUUUCGUUAGCAUAUGUGAUAGAGAGACAAGUGAGAGGAAAUUGGAUGUUUACUUAAAAAUGUUGGGACAAGUAGCCCAUUGUCCCAUUUUCAACAGCAGGCCCAUUUUAUUCAGGUCACUUUAGGCACAGAUAAAUAUUGCAGGAGAUCUUGUAACAACGUAUCACAUCCUCAAAAAUGUACUUUGAAGUUAUUUUAAAGUAACUUUUGUAAAGAAGUUUGCAAUAGUACAUGGCUAUAAUUUCAAGACUACCAUGUUUGAUUUAGGCUAUUUAUCCAGUACAAUCUGUUUUAUAGUGCAAAACUCUGGAUUGUGGGAGGCUUUGGUACCAUAUAGCGACCCUCUGCAUGUUUAUCUGUGAAGGAGGGUGUGUCCUGAUUGUCCCCCUCUUUACAGGAGUGUGUCAUUGAUGAGGACUGUGAGAAGGGAAAAUAUUGCCGGUAUGAGACACACCGAUCAAAGUGUCUAACCUGCAAAGCCCUCGACGUGGUAGGUCCAUUUCAUGGUUAUUAACAGUGCCACACACAUUUUACACACCCUGACACUGAACCCAUCUAAAAUGUAUUUAUGCAGACCUAUAUUUCCCAGGGGACUUUGACUCCUUCCUAGUUCCUAUUAUGUUCUACUUUAGACCAUCUCCAGUUUUUGUAACAGUGCACACGUGCACACACACAGCGAUCACAGAACAGUAGAUUGCUUAAACAAUAUGUUGCAGCUGCUUCUGCAUUGUUACUGCAUUGCAGUGUUGCCACAAGUGUAACUGGAGUGUUUCAUGGGGGAGAGCUUCUCUCCUCUUGGCUGCGCAUCAAAGCAUGGGUCUGAUUGAAUAUGAGCUCCACCUCUCUCAGACAAAGAGAGGAGCUGGAUGAGAGGUAAUGCGAGAGCCUACUCUACAGACACAUACAAUUUAAUUUAAUUUAAGAGCAAUGUUUUUGGCAGGGCAGAGUGGAAAUCCAUCCACAUAAUACUGUAGAGACUGGCUUGCAUUCAAAGUCAAAGGUACGCUGAGAAUAGUUAAGGGUCUUCCUAGUUGAUAAGGCCUGUGUUAAUGUCCUGCACAGAAAAACACAGUAAUAUGUCGAACAGCACACUAUUAAUUAGACCCCAAUAUCGGUUCAGUUUGCACAAGUAGCAGGAAUUUGCUGCACCUAGAGAGCUUACGAGAGUUACAAGAGACCAGUCAUGCAGUUUGUCACUGUGUUUGUGUGUUCCAGCCCUGCAAAAAGGAUGAGGAGUGCUGUACAGGACAGCUGUGUGUGUGGGGCCAGUGCAGCCAGAACGCCACUAAGGGGGAAGCUGGCAGCAUCUGCCAAUACCAGAACGACUGCAGCCCAGACCUCUGCUGUGCUAUCCAUAAAGGUGCAGGCCACAAGGCCACACGCAGAACAUAAUUCCUCUGCUAAAUUAUACACCAUGAGUCAUUCUACAUGAAAUUAACAUGUGGGGAGCAAAAUGGGCUCCUUUCAUUUGGCUUUGACUCAGCCAGAUAAAAACCUAAAGGGAUUUCUUUGACAUCCAAAAAAGGGAGGCUUCAAAUUUCGAUACCACAAAGCCUCUGUUCUCAAUGUAAUUAUCCCUAGCCAAUUAUGAUUGUCAAGAAGUCAAGUGAAGCAGGGUGCAUUGAAGUUUCAGAUAGUUAAGUGAUCAUGUGAAGGCCCAUAACCUGCUUUCCCCUCCAAGCACUGUUCCAUAUACUGUACUCCUUUAUUAAAGUUUCUGUAGUGAAGUCACUUACCUUUGUCACUACCCAUCUCUCUCCACUUACCUUGUGGUCAGCCCUGAUGUUCCCAGUGUGCACGGCCAAGCCAAUAGAGCGUGAGCGCUGUCAUGGCUCCUCCAAUCACCUGAUGGAGCUGCUGUCCUGGGACAUAGAGGGCCAGGGACCAAAGGAACACUGCCCCUGUGCUGAGGACCUCCAGUGUCAACAUCUCGGGUAAGAAUCUGUGUACUGCAAACCUGCAACAUUUAUAUUCAAUUGACAUGAAGGCAUACGUCAUGACAUUUGUUUUUGCAAAAACACUUGGUAGACAAAAGCCAUAGCUAUCACUCAAAAUGCUGUUGACCCAGAAUGAUGCUACAAAGUUGAUAUUUCCUUAUCUCUUUGACAGCCGAGGCUCGCUGUGUCUGAAAGGAGAGAACUCGAGUGAAGAGGACCUGACAGACACACUUUAUUCAGAAAUUGACUAUAUCGUCUAGGAGUAACCAUGCAGCUCAACCUUUUCAGGCCUGUAGACAAUCAGAGGGGUCUCCAGUGAUUUCAGCCUAGAAAAUGAAGUGGCUCCCCCUCUCACAAGGCUUACAUGUAAGAUUCUUCCAUCUAAAAGCUGGUCAUUAUUUAUUCAAGGCAUUGCAGUUUUUUUCUAUUUGCUCGAAUUUAACCAAAAAUCUAGAUUUUGCAUAGUGCAUAACACCAUGUAUGUAUUAGAUGGAAUUGACUUUUUGGAAAUUCCCGAUUCCUAGACGUUCACUGUUCAAAGGUAGUGUGUAUGAUGACUACACUCCAAUUCUGCAAUAAGAGUUCUUCAUGUUUGAGCAAAUAUGUACUGAAACAUACCCCAUCCUGCUCUCGUCUCACUUAUGCGCCUACCUUAAGGAUGCACCGUUGAGGCCCUUUGCUCAAAAUAAUUAAGUCAAGUUAGGGGUGAAGAAAGAAUCAAUACAAUGUACUGUAUACAUGUGAAGUAGCUUGCUUAAUCCUGGUUUUUGUUUAAAAUAGUGGUUUAAACAAGGACAGAUGACAUUUCUGAAUGUGGACCACUGACAGAAAAUGACAGGGUCAGCUCAUCAUGCCCCAAACUUGGUAAUGGCAAACUAUAACCCAGACACAUGCAGCUUGCAAAACUUUUGCUCACAAGGAAAUAAAAGGCUUUGAAAAUGUAGAUGUCUAUCCUUGAGAUGUAAAUAUUCUUAUAUGUAUAUCAU